CCUGAAUAUUCCUGUGGAGCAUUUCGCUUGAGAAGUCCUCCGCUUUUUUCUACAGUCUUGAAGCAUUUGCAGGUUGUUGGAAGAGCUAAUGGUGAAGAUACCCUUGCACACUGGCCUACAUCAACAGGCAUGAUGACGGUAGAAGAUGCCUUUCUAGAUAUUUUGAAGUACCUAGAUAAGAUAUGGGGAACACUCUCUUCUUCAGAUAUUCUAGAAUUGCAGAAAGUGGCCUUUGUACCGGUAGCAAAUGGAACUCGCUUGGUUACCGUGAAUUCUCUUUUUGUUCGUCUGAUGGUUAACCUUUCACCAUUUGCUUUUGAACUCCCUAGUUUAUAUCUCCCAUUCGUGAAAAUCCUCAAGGAAAUAGGGAUGCAGGAGGUUCUUACUGUUUCCUAUGCUAGAGAACUUCUUUUAAACAUACAAAAAUCAUGUGGGUAUCAACGCCUUAAUCCUAAUGAACUUCGUGCGGUAAUCAUGAUUCUGAAUUUUAUGUGUUCUGAGGUUGUUCUUUCAACAUCAUCUGAACUAGAUUGGUUAUCUGAUGCAAUAAUCCCAGAUGAUGGCUGCAGGCUUGUUCUGGCAAGAUCAUGUGUAUAUGUUGAUUACUAUGGGUCACAGUUUCUUAGUAAUAUAGACACCUCCAGGUUAAGAUUUGCUCAUCCAGAACUUUCGGAAAGUAUAUUUAUGGCCUUUGGUGUCAAGAAACUUUCUGACAUUGUCAUUGAGGAAUUGGAUGGACCAAAAUUACAGGUUGUUAGCCAGAUUGGGUCUGUGUCUCUUAGUAGAGUAAAAGAAAAGCUUUUUAGCAAAUCAUUGCAAGAGGCAGUGUUAAUGUUAUUGGGUAACAUUUCUAAUCACUAUCCAUCACUUGAAGACCUUGGUUUAUCGCAGAUAAGGCAUCUACUGGAACAUAUUGCAGAACAUUUGCAAUUUGUUCAAUGGCUCCACACUCGAUUUCUUUUACUUCCAAAGCUCCUGGAUAUUACACGGAUAACCAAGCAUUCCACCAUUGUUGAAUGGGACGACAGUGUUAAACAUCGAACUGUUUACUUCAUAGACAAAUCAAAGGAUCACAUUUUGAUUGCAGAGCCUCCAAGUUUUAUGACAGUGUAUGAUGUAGUUGCCACUGUCACAAGCCAGGUUUUGGGGGCACCAGUGACUUUACCAUUUGGGCCACUUUUUGCCUGCCAAGAUGGUUCAGAAAAAGCAGUUCUCAGAGCACUAAAAUUAGGGUCUGAACAUGGAACCAUGAAACGUGAAAGUAAAAACAAUUCUUUAGUGGGAAAAGAAUUAUUAUCUCAAGAUGCUCUUCAGGUGCAGUUCCUUCCAGUACGACCAUUUUACUCAGGAGAAAUAGUUGCAUGGAAGACAGGAAGAGAAGGGGAGAAACUUAGGUAUGGUAGAGUUCCAGAAGAUGUAAAGCCAUCAGCUGGUCAAGCACUUUACAGAUUUCCUGUGGAGAUUGCUCCUGGAGAAACCCAAGUACUACUUUCUUCACAGGUUUUCUCUUUCAAAAGUGUUUCUAUGUCCAAUGUGGCUUGCAUGCCAUCCUUAAGAGAGGACAAUGAAGGCAUAAACAGAAAUCGAAUGCUUCAUGGCCAGACAUCCAAGGAUUCUGGAAAUGAGAAAAUGAAAAGCCAGACUUCAAAAGAACUCCAAUAUGGAAAAGUAUCUGCGCAAGAAUUGGUGCAAGCAGUCCAUGACAUGCUUUGGGCUGCUGGAAUUAAUAUGGAUGCUGAGAAGCAAACACUUCUCCAAACAACGUUAACUCUGCAAGAACAGCUGAAAGAAUCUCAGGUUGCUCUUUUGGUCGAGCAGGAAAAGGUCGAUGCAGCAGUGAGAGAAGCUGAUGCAGCUAAGACAGCAUGGUCAUGUCGAGUGUGUCUUAGUGCUGAGGUGAACAUCACGAUUGUUCCCUGUGGACAUGUUUUAUGUCUAAGAUGCUCUGCUGCUGUUUCUCGCUGCCCAUUCUGUCGUACCCAGGUUUCCAGAACUAUGAAGAUUUUUAGACCAUGAAAUGUGAUUGAGGUCCAUCUUAGGAUGAUUUUAAGGUGCUUGAGGCAUACAAUGUUUGAAGCAUGGAAACCGAGGACCAAAUGCUUUAUUCCCAUCAACAAAGCGACAUGCCUGAGCGAUAGUUUUUAUUUAGAGGAAGGAUUGACCAUGUUCACAAGAGCAUGAUUUGUGGCUUGCAUUGCAGGGAGAAAGCAUGUCCUGAAUGGAAAUACAACUUCUGGGAGAUUAGAGAAGAACAUCUGUUCUCAUGGCUAAUAUCUGAAGCAGCCUUCUGCAUGCCCAAGAAAGUGGCAGAAGAUGAUCGAUACAAGAUAAUCAAUAGGUUACUGAUUCAGUGUGAUCCUUCUGCAGCUUUAUCGUGUAUUGCCUAAAUUUGUAAAUGCCUCUUAGCAGCCAAAUUUACUUGGUGAAAGUAUAUUUCCUCUCCUUCCACAAUAUUUUUUGGGGUUGUACAUACUGUUUCAUUUCUCUGUCAAUAACUUGUCCAGUUCAAUUUUAUUUUCUUACUGAGUUCAACUUUACUCUCAAAUGAGCAUUGAAGUGCAAAAGAUUUGGCCAUGGGAUACCAUCAUCUACUUUUACUCAGAGAAAUCAUUAUGUGGAAUUCAAACGAUGGUUUUCUAUACAAAUCUAGUGGACCUGCUGUAUCGGAUUGAUGGCUGGUGUAUACCAAUCGGUACGGACAGUCGAUACCAACUUUAUUUUUUUCUCUACUUUUUUUAUUGAUAUCAUGAUAUACAGGUUGGUAUAUCGGUACAUAUUUGUCCCAUGAAUUGUUGAAAAAUAGUAUGUUUUCAUUUACACGAUUGAUACUAUGCUACUGCUUAAUAUUGUUUAUUUUGUUCAUUCUGAUCAAGUGUAAUAAAUUUUUAUGUAUUAUCCAAACGAUUAAUUCCAUCUGCUAAUGGUUCAAGAAUUUUUCAUUGAGUCGAGAUCUUAUGAAAUUUUGAAAGCCUAAAAUAAUGAGUCAAUCCACUAUUACCGUUCCUCUACCAAUUAAUUAAUUAUCAUAUGGAAUUCCUUAUCCAAUCAGAUUCCGCCGUUCUCUAAUUAGAAGCGUCGGUGGAAAGAAUCCUAAUAAAGCGAAACUAGCGGCGAGGAGGGAAAGAGCCUAAUAAUACACCCACCCACACCUCUCCUCUGUCAGACAGCGACAACCCAACUUGAAAAUGCACAAAAGAAUUCUUAGACGUCCCCCGGCGUCUUGACACGUACCACCGGACCCCUCGUACCGCGUCGAGCUGCAGUAAUAAGCCUGGUGUGAGCUUCAAAAUAAAAAGGAAGUCUUCUCCCACUCUCUUCCCCCCCAGAUUCCCACUCCAUUCUUGGGGCAGCGGAGCGCUUGGAUUCGCUGCAUUCCACCGGUUCCGAGCCGAAUCCCGUCGUGAAAUCCGAUGAGAUCUUGAUCCCUAGCUCGAGAUCUAUCGAUUUAGGGUUCUUUUCAGUGUUUCUGGCAUUGCCGAUCGAACACGGAAUUUUAGGUGUUCUUUUCCAAUUGAAUUCUGUUUGGCCUUUCUUCAUUCCAAGGGCUUAGAUGGGAUCUCUUUCCCAUGAGAGGAAGAGCGAUACCGGUGCUUCCUUCCCGUCGUCGAUUUCUUCCUCUCCCUCUCCCUCUCCCUCCCUUUGUUCGCCCAAUUCUUCGGGUGCGAAGUACAUCGAGCAUAAUGUGUCCAAGUUGGACACGCUUGCUGGCAUCGCCAUAAAAUACGGCGUCGAGGUUGCAGAUAUCAAACGGAUUAAUGGUCUAGUGAUGGAUCUUCAGAUGUUUGCUCACAAAUCAUUGCUUAUUCCUCUUCCUGGAAGGCAUCCCUCAUCUCCUCCUAUUCGAUCUAAUGGUUUUGUUGAUAACAGGGAUCGGACUCCUAUCUGUCGUCCUCGGAGAGAUGUCUUAGAUUCUCCCCAGCCAUUGAAGUCAAAAUCCCAACAACAUCAUGAAAUCUCGUCUGCCAUGUGUAGCUUGCGAAGAUACUAUGAUCUUCCACAACAUGAAAGGAGUCCUACAGCUGAAGGCACCGAAAUGACCUUAUACAAAACAGGUGGUGCACUGAACUCCAAAGAUGAACCACUACCUAAAGUGUCACCGGCUUCUAACUCACAGCCUCGGAGGUCAAGAGGUUUCAUCAACAGCUUCCUUUCGGAAGAAGGUGACCUUAUGCAAGAAUUAUUAGUCAGUAGAUCUGGGGAUUCCAGUGAUGGUGAGAAUUCCAAGACCGAUAAGCCUGUCAGGCGGCGUCAGAGAGCCGAUGCUGAUCCUUUCGGCAUCUCCGAGGCAGUUGUCAAGGAUGAGAGCCAAAGCCUCCUAGGAAGGAUGGUGAGAGGGUUAACCCCAAAGCAGUUGCUAGUGAGUUACACCGAUACUGAGUCGGCACGCCAAAGCACAAGUUCCUUGGAGGAGUCUCUUGUAGCCAAUGGGUUUCUCGCAGUAAGGAAGUCAUCAAGCACCCCGAGUUUGCAGGAAUCAGAAAAUGACUCUGUAUGGACCUCUUCUUCUAAAUGGACUUCGAAGCCUGAUACUGUUACAAGGCCAAUUUUCUAUGGUCUAUCGAAACAGAUCAGUGUUUGGAGAAGCAAAGCUGCUCUAGAUUGAUCAUCCCACCAUAGAACCUGGCCACAGAAGGCUUAAUUUAUCCUCUGCUACGGCUGUGAGCAAUGUAAUAGAAAAGUCCAUGUGCUCGCUGUGUGCCACUUUAAUCUAUAAACUGCUUAAGGCUUACUACAGUAAGUGGAAACUCCAAAAGUCCGGACAUAUAUGUAUUGGACACAGAUCUUUCGAUUCCGUAUUGCAUGUUUUACAUGGACUGGAUUUGCCU